UAAUAAAAAAAAACAUUAUAAAAUAAAACUGUUUGCGGUUCUCUUAUCUUAUAAUCUGCACAUUAGAUUCUAUCAUCAUUUAUCCACUUUUUUUUUUCUGCCACCUUCAAUUUUCAUUGUUCUUGGGGUAACGACUGCGGAUAUGUUGUGAUGCUGUCAACUGGAAGUAGUAAUAUGUUGGUUAAAUCUUACCUAAACCAAGUUGAUCUGCUUCUCAAGGAAUAUGUCUCUGCUGAUCUUUUCGUCGUAUAUACGUCUAUAAUCCUUGGAAUUUUCGCCUGCAAAACGGUGUAUGAACUUAGCCAGCUUAUUAGUCCCCUCUACUUCAAAAGCUAUCCGAAUCUCUCAAAGGGCCUUCAGCUCGAAUGGAGCAACCGAGCUAUGUCCACUUUUCACGCCAUGUACAUUGCCAACGUGUCAUUAUACUUCGUGUUGUGGUCGGAUCUUUUCAAAAAUGACCCACAACGCCGCCCAAUCACUCUUCGUAGUUCAACGGUCUCGAUUUCUGCUUUGGGGGUUUCCGUUGGCUAUUUCCUUUCGGAUCUCAGCAUGAUUCUAUGGCGAUAUCCUUCGUUAGGCGGGAUAGAGUAUGUAAUUCACCAUCUUCUCUCGUUGGGUAGCGUGGCCUACGCUAUGCUCACCGGUGAAGCACAAAUCUACACGUACAUGGUCUUAAUAUCCGAGGCAACCACGCCUUCUAUCAAUCUGAGAUGGUAUCUUGAUGCAGCUGGUAUGAAGAGGUCGAAGGUGUAUACCAUAAACGGAGUCGUGAUAUUCCUAGCAUGGCUCGUUGCAAGAAUUUUGCUAUUCAUGUACCUGUUUUGGCAUUCUUUCGUAUAUUAUGACCAGGCGAGGCAGAUGCACAAGAUAGGUGCGGUGAUGGUGCAUGUUGUCCCGUUGUUGCUGUCCGUGAUGAACUUGUAUUGGUUCAGCAAGAUCUUCAAGGGGAUGGUGAAAACGCUCAAGAGGGACUGAAGAAAUCGUGUUUUAAUUUAUGGGAGGCGUUGAAACAGCGCUUUCUAUAUGUAAGUUUAUUGUUGUUGUGAAUAUUUGGAGGAAGAAAAUCUGAAGCAUUUUUACUUGAAUAGUUAGGAAAAAAAAGCUUGUAUAGAUUUGUGCAGAUUCAUUUAGGUAGUACUAUUUGUUGCUCAAAAAUUGUGAUUGGAUUGAAGAUUUCAGUGCAUGGCAAUCAUUGUUUA